GCAGGAAGUCGAAAAAAAGCAGACAGCAGCUGAUGUAAAUAAGGAAGUGAAUGCUGUCGGAUCGGAGCUGGAGCCCCUAUUCUACAGUAAAUUUAAAGUAGAUCAGUCGGCAGCGCUGUAAUAAAAUUCAAGGCACAACGGCUGUGCUAAGGAAGUUAGCCGUCAAGCUAAUUCCUCCACUGAUUCCACAUUAUCUCAAAACAAGACCUAGACAGAAAAAAGAAAAGGGGAGAGGAAGACAGAGACGAGUAAACAUACCCCCAGAACUAUUCAGCCACCAUGGACCACAAAGGGGAACCCCAAGAAGGAGCUAUGGGGCUGAAACAAGAGGAGCUUCCGCAGAUGGAUGGGUCAUGUGAUGCGUGCGAGCCCGAUGAGGCCCAACCAGCCACGCAAGUGUGCCACAUCUGCAGCUUUGCCUUUUGCCCUGCCCAUGCUGACAGACAUGCCAGCAGCACACAUCACCAGAUAAUGCCUUACAACCAUGAGGGGACACAAGCUAAUGGACUUGGCACCAGCAGAGACUCCAGAGUUGGAGCUGAGGAGGAGGCUGGUGAGGAGAGGGUAGCUGGAAUGGGCGCGAUUCAGGGGAUGGCAAUACGUGGAGAGGCAAUGGCCAAUGGCGAUGAGAGCGGGGAUGCCGGAAUAAAGGAUGCUCUGCAGCUGGAGGCUGAGCCCGGUGACGGCGCUGAGGGUGCAGAAGCAGGGCAGGAGGCCAUGGCCGCUGGAGAGGCUGGGAAGAGGGACACUGUGACCGUAGAGAGACUGCGCUGCAAGGAGCAUAGGCAGGAAGGCUCCCUCUACUGUAAACCAGACGAGAAGAUCAUCUGUGUGGUGUGCGCCGUGCAGGGUGAGCACCGUGAGCAUGAGAUUGUCACUCUGCAUGAGGCCUACUUGUGGCAGAAGAGCAGGCAGGGUUAUGACCUGCUGGGCUGUACACAACAGAUGGCCGAGAAGAUCAAGACCAAGUGGACCAACCCUGAGAUGUCUACAGAGGAGCUAGAGGCUUAUGUGAACACCCAGUUCGAUGAGCUCCGCAGAUUGGUGCGUCUGGAGGAGAAGAGGACCCUUCACCUGGUAGACCUCAAAGAGGCGUUCCUCACGGCAUCCGCUGCUGAGAAAAUUGCCGAGAUCAGUGUCGAAACUGAGCGUCUGCAGGAAGAGAUGGCCAACAUCACAAACCAGCUGUGCCUGCUGGAACAGGCCGAGGCAGCAGGUCCUGCAGUGGUAGCACAGGCUCUCGCAGCGGCACCUGGACCAGCCCACAGAGUGCAGCACGGCAUUGAGGCCAGGCCAAGGCUACCAGAGCCGAGGGCAAACCCCAUGGACCCACGGGAUUAUGAAGACAACGAUUCUGGACCAUCCAUGGACCACGCUCCCUGAUACCAGCAGACCAGACUCUCACUACAUCCACCUGUCCUUCAAUGUCUGCUUCAGCCAGCCGUCAGCCCUGUUCAGCUGUCAGCCGUCUCCCCUUUACCCUGCUCCGCACCCCUCCCUUCCCGGUGCCUUCUGGCAGUGAACUGACCUUGAAGAAAGCUGCUGUGACAAAUAUGGAUGGCCACGUCUUUUCUGCUAUCAAACUUUUUUUUUAAGUUCCCACUAGCUACUAACUUUCUUUAAUUGAAGCAAGCAAGUUAGUGCAAUCAAUUACCAUCAGGCUCAAUUUCCACAGCCAGUCAGAUCCUUGGCUUACUGGUGAGCCUGGCUGACUCAGAGAAGAGUCCUUGCUAGGCAGCCGAGCGGAGCAUCUGUUAAGCCCGACAGAUGUCAAAAAUGGGAAGUUCGGUGACACGGUGCGCUUCACACUUUAUCAUUAUUCACAAUAUAAUUUUGGCUCUGUCGUUUUGACAAACAUUCUGGGCACUCGGAAAGGGAACAUUUGUCUGAUGCCACAAUGCCUUACGUCGUCAAGAGAAUACAUUACAGUUGUUUUGGGUGUUAUAUUUCUAUUGUAAAAAAAAAAAUCUCUACCUUUCAUUCUACAAUGCUGUCUCUUGUACUUUCCAUCAUCCUGUUGCAGUCGCCCCUCCUUUCCCUCCAUCCUCUGCCUACCCACUGAUUCUUUAUGCUUGUAGACUUGUGCGCACUUCCUAGUGUGCUUGUCAGAUCUAUUAUAAGAAGCGGGGGACAUUUUGACACCUAUUGAUUGCCGAAUGCUGCUGAGUCUUUGUUAGGUGAAAAUCGAACUGUAAUUUGACUGUGCAAAAUAGCGCUCCCGCAGUAUCAGCUUUCUAUGUACUGUAAUGUAAAGGCUCAUUACUCCUGGCCAAUCUGCACCGUAUGACGGAUUACCGUCCAGACAAGUGUGUAUGCACUUUCGACCUUGACCCGCUCAACCAUGGCUUUCAUCCAUGAUAUACUGCCGCCAAGUCUAUCAGCAGUUUGUUUUUAGUGUGAUUGAUUCUUUUGCCUUAAAUUCAAAAGGGAAAGCGGUGUCACCCGUAAUAUGUGGGGCAUGUUUGACAACAACAUGACUUCACUACUGUAACACUGCACUGAGAGUUGUAUACCCACCCAAGGGAAAUGUUGGUGUGUCAGCAGCCUAUUGAUAUAACUCCAACAUCUCAUUCUUUAUUCUAGUGAAACAACAGACAAGAGUCUGACAUUUCCUCUUGUUUUUAUUUGUCUAUUUUUAUCUUAAAUCUAUAAAUAAACAACCUGUUUCUUAGAUUGGAUGUUUCACUUUAUGGAUGAUUCCUGCCUUAUUUGUCUCUCGCAAAACACUACAAACACCUGAAAACCAUUAGUCUUCCAAGACAUUAUUAUCAGAAAACCUUACAGGCAUGUGAUGAUGGAUGGAGAUGGGAGAAGAGAUGAAGUGCUGUAAAGAGGUAAUUCAGGAAGGGGAGGAUUUCUAGUUUUCCUUCAUUACAAUUCAAAGCAGCAACCCCUUCAGAGAGGACUGGGAAUUGGAGGCUGGGGAACAAAAGGGGGUGAUGGAACAGGCGAGCUCUUUAGGGUCUCCUCUUCGUCAUAGGCGCAUUUAAAUACAGACUGGUUUCAUGUCCACAGGCCCUGACAAGCCAGAACCCACUUUCAUCAACUUGCACCCCCAAUCAGAAAGCCUUUGUUUCUCUCCCGCUCGUUUUUCUUUCUCACUUCACUUCUCUUGCCUUCUCAGAAUCACACCCUCUGCGGCUCACAUUGGCUUCACACCUGCUGUCUACCAGAGCUGCUUCAUCAAGCCAAGAAUGCUUUCUCAGCUUGUCCCAUCUCUCUGCAUUGAGGUAUCGUCUCAGAAAUUCAUUUACCCAGUGGCCAUUGCUAUCUGGAUGCUAACACAUCUGGGUUUGCAUUCUCUUGGGAGUUUCCCUUCACAAAAAUAAUGGGCUUAAUGAUUUACCGCACGAGGCAUUGAUCCUCAACAUUCACUGAGCCACUGCUGACUGACCAAGCACCAGAGCACUCAAAACCUUUUAGAGGUCCUAUUUUCUUGUGUGAGUUUUAGAGUGGCUGUGGCUGAAUUCAUUUUAGUUGGCCAUGAGGAGGCAUAGCCAGACGCGGCUAUCUCCUGUGCUAUCAAACGGAAGCUGGGUUCAGUAAAUAAUCAUUAUUCCCUCAUCUGCGUUGUCUCUGUCAAGGAGUCCAACCUGAUGAAAGAAAUAACACACCUGAGGGGGGGACAAUGUGCCUGUUGUCUGUCUGUGGAGGAAAUGGAGAGGAGAGGAUUGUCUAAUCUAAUUUAGCCAGGGAGACCACAAGGUUCCCUUUUUCCACACCCAAUUACACCUGCUCUUCCAGGUUCACUUCACUGAGCAUGUUCACACAGAGGCACAAAGACACGCAAAUAGACAAAAGCAUAGCUGUAAGACCUCCGCUUUCCUGAUGGGCAAAAAUAGACUAUUUGUGUAUUUGUAUUGACAUGAAUUAAUUGCUUCAUGGGUUGUGAGAUUGAAUUAAGUACGUGACAUGCUUGCUAGUGGUGAUGCCGCUUUGAUUGCUGCAUUUAAUAGAGCCUAUUUCUCUCUGCCAUCAUUUAAAAGACAGCUGGAGUCUGUGGUUUCACAGUAAUGGACCAGCUCCACCACCCACCAACCCACUAUGACUUAAUGAUUUUGUUUAUUAGAAUGCAAGAGCUACAAAAGAAAUAGGAAAUGUCUCUAAUAACAGGCCACACAUUGCCGUGAGAUGUUUGUGUGCGCAGCAAGUGUGUGUCUAUAUGUGUGUGCAUUUGUGAGGAUGUGCAUUAGCCUGUGAAAAAUGACAGUUUAUUUGCAGAGACCCACACCUCUUGUACCAUUCAAGAAAAUGUAUUGCUUGUCUCACAGUAAAUGCACUUUCUUAUUCA